GCGGAGGGAAGAAGAAAGGCGAAGGGACGAGGAGGAGCAGCGGGAACGCGUCCGAACCCUCCGCAAGUCCCGGGUGGAGCUCCAUAUGCGGGCCCUCGCGUGCCGCCUUUCCAGGCCUUGCAGCAGCGACUCCAUCAGAGACAGGCUCAGGGCACAUAGGAUGGCAGCCAUGCAGCGUCUUGAAGACUACCGCCAAGAGCUCCAGGACAUCCAGGAUCGCGUGUCCAGCAAUCCUCUGCUGGUGGAGAGACGGGCCCUGUACGGAGCCCAACGCCUCCUGGAACACCAGUACGAGCGAAAGCUGCAGGAGCUGGGCCUCGACCACCACUUCCUAGAGUCCAAGGCAGCGCUGCACGUCCAAAGACGUAGGUCAAGGUCGCUGGACUCUCGCUCCGUGGCGUCUGGCUCAUCCGCGGGGUCGCCACAGCGUUCCAAGAGAGAGGCGCCUGCCGCCGACCUCGAUGCAUGCCCUAGGAGUGCAUCCUUGCGCUCUUCGGCCGCUUCCGACGAACAGAGCGACACGGAGAACGCCCGCGGAAGUCACCCUGACCUCUCCCAAGCAUCUGGAGAAAGGGAGAGUGACCGGAAGUCUGCGGUAUCUGCGUCCAGUUCCAGCAUCCGCACGACAGCUUCGACCUGAUGCAGAUCCCUGCGUACGAUUUUAAUUUAGUGAUUUGAAAGAUGUGUUUUUUUUUUUUUUGGGGGGGGGGGGGGGGGGUUGGGUUGGUACUGGGAUAGUUGUGUUCGCAUUUUGUACUUUUUAUUCUUUUCAGAGUACCCGGUUAAGCCUAUUCGGGUGGUGAAACUAGUAAACAAACAAGUGCUGUAUGCAACUUAUUUUUAAAUGACAUAAUUAUGCAAAACUUCAAGCCUGUUUGUGAAGCACCCCAUGCAUGCAGCAGUGCAGGUAAUGUACAAGGCCCGUUUGUCUUGCUGUGAUAUUUUUUUUAAUUCUUAGGUCGUGAAAGCUACACUAGUACGGUCUGUGCAGGUGAUAUACGGCCAGGGGGACAUGGUAUAGGGGAUUGGUAGUCACGAUGUGAAAGAUAAUUCAACUUUUCUUAAUACCUUUCAUUGGUCAAAUACAAACCUUUAACUUCGUGCAACCGAAAGGAUGAUUAACGAAUUUGAGUUAAUUAUUCAUGUAUUGUGACGAUUAUAUUAGGUCUUCCUGGCCAUGAACCUUGCCUGCACAGACGGCAUUACUGUAUUUCGUUGUUUUUUUAGAAAAAUCGGGACCCUCUAAAAAUUCCUAUAUCAUGCGUUCCGUGUCCAAAUGUUUAGAACGGAUGUAUGUAGACAAAAUAUAUUUGCACAGUUCUUUUUUUUUGUGCUUGACAAACAUAAUUAAGCUUAUUUGGUGACAUUGAACAGAAUGUUCUGCACGAGUUUUUCUACAAAUUUCAGCUGACAUUUGGUGAACAAAGGUUUGCAACGGAUGUACAUAUGUGCAGUAUUUUUAAGUAUAAAAUUGAUCUCUGUGCCUUUCGAGUUGUUUUAUCAUGCAUAUUUCUAAGUUAAAUAACACUGAUCUAUUCUUCUAUUGAGUCUGUUUUUAUUGGGCCUAUAUCCGACUGGCACAGGCAUAUAUAUACCUGUGACAAGCGUUUUGUAAAAAUGGUGUUGGAUGAGCAAUUUCGCCCAAUAUGUGGAAUAGGACA